CAUAACGGUAACGAGGAAUAUAUUUCUUUUUCUUUCCGCUGCUAGCUAUUAAUAAAUGAUCCAACGGUCCUCAGAAUCUCACUUCUCGAAACUCGUAUCAACGGUUAAGAUCACCCGCCUCUAUACGCGUACGGCUCAGAUCAAUUCUCUGACGACAGGAGUAAGCUUAAAACAAACCCUAAAGCCGUGUCCAACUCUUUCUAUCACUGUAUUCUCCCCCUGCUGCCGAGCUGUCGUUAUAUGAUUAGCUCUCUUUCCUAAAUUUUUUAUUUUUCCUUUAAAAAAAAAACAUUAAUUUUCUCGAUCAUUUUUACUAUAAAUACCCCCAAAACAUACGACGUCUCAAAAACCCCAAGAUUUCUAUCUUCUUGUCGAGCUGUUUAUCACUCUCUCUCUAGAAAAGCUUUCUUCUGGCAAACACAGGAAAAUUUUCACUCUUAGUUUCUCUCUCUAGAAAAAAGCUUUUCAAAACUUUGCUUCUCUGUGAAAAUGGCUUUCUCUAGAGUUUUCUUGGUUUCCAUGGUUUUUGCUCUCGUGAUCUGUUCAGCUGUGGCUGCUCAAGCUCCCGGAGCUUCACCAGUCGCUUCUCCCAAGGCAUCGCCGGCUGCUGCUCCGGUCGCUUCCCCGCCGAAGUCGGUGUCCGCCCCGACUCACGCGCCUUCCGCCACCGUAAAGCCACCGGCUUCCGCCCCCGGACAAUCUCCGCUGUCUUCCCCACCCGCUCCCCCCACCGAGGGUCCCGCCGCCGCCUCCGGCCCUGCCACCGCCCUUCCACCUUCCGGUAUCGCCGGCACUCCGACCAACUCUCCUGAUGGAAACGGCGCCGUUUUGAACAGAGUCGCAUUCGCUGGAUCCGCCGGUGCAGCCCUCAUUGCUGCCGCCUUCUUGCUUUAAAUUCGGGAGUACUAAUACUUUUUGGGAUCAGAUCGACGGAGAUUUGUUUUGUAUCUUCCUCCACCACCCCCACGUUGAUGAUGAUUUAGUAGGAGUUUAGGAGUUGAUGAUAUUUCAUUCCUUCUUUUGUUACAUUUGGAUGGACCGGAGAUUUAUUUAUAUUUUUACAGUUUAGUAACUCAGCCAUGGUACGUAGCUAGUUUGCUAGUAGUAGAAAGUAGUAGUUUUUUACAUUCACAGAGAGGAAUGGUGGGUUAGGAGUGAUGAUGAUGAGUAGUGUCACAUUACUUUGAUUUUACUUUACCCACAGUUUGGAUUUCACUUCAUUUUAUAUAUUAUUAUUUAUUUACCAUUUAUUAUGGAUUCAUUUCUUUCUCUUUUUUGUUUUUUUGGGUUAAGAAUUUUGUUUCUUGAUGAUCUAAAUUGUACUCGUUGCUCAAAAGCAAUUAUGGGAUAUGAAGAGUCUUAAUCGUAAGUUUUUGUGGGGUUUAAGCCAAAACAGGAAAGGAAAUCCAAAUUGGAAGCUUUUGCUCAGCUGAGGUUUUAAGAGAGAUUUUUGGAGCUUUUUGGUUAAUGGUAAUUUGGUAAGGUGAGAAAGAAAGGGAGAGAGAAAUGUAUUCACGUGAAGAACAGAGGUUUGUCGGAAGCUUAUGGAAGAGAGGGCGGGAGGCCAUGUGCCUUUCCACCGUCACACCGCGAAAGCAGGGGCAAAGCUACGGCGUUACAGCUAGCUAGCUGUGGGUUUGUCUUUUUGUGACGGAAAACCAAAAAAAAAUAAUAAUAAUAACAGAAAAGUGAAAAAAAUUACAAAAUAAAAGGGCCUCUGGUAUUUGGUAAUAGUAGUAACUAGAAAAAAAGUAGUAUGUGCUUUCGGCUUGUGAUGACGGAUGAUGUUUAUUUUGUUGCGAACCAAAACUAAUUCCUCAUCUGCAAGGGAAUGAUGUCUAAUGCUAAUCGGAAAAACAUUAGCCAUAAUUACGUCAUUUUUGUCAUGAGAGACACUUUACGCUAUAUGGUUGUUGCAUGAGAAACAUAUUCAGUAGAGAUAAACAUUACAAUUAUUU